AUGGGGAACGCCGUCCAACGCGUCUCUUGCUUCGCCUCCGGCUCCGAGGGCCCCAUCAAGCUCGUCUUCUGGGGCGGUGCCACCGAGCUCCUCCGCCAGCAGCAACCCGCCGGCGAACUCAUGUUCCGGUUCUCCGACUGCAUCGUCUGCCCCGCUGACGCCUUCUUCAUCGGCCGCCCGGUCCCCGCCCUCGCCAUCGACGACGACCUCCUCCCCGGCCACACCUACUUGGUCAUCCCCCUCGGCAAGUUCCCCUGCCACGGAAACCCGCUCACCGCCGCUUCGGUGGCGUCGCUGUCCUCGACGCCGCGGGCGCCGCUCGCCGGCUGCCCGUUCGCCUACGUGAAGGGCGGGGAUGGCCGGGCGAUGAUCAAGGUGCUCCCCGAGUUCAUGACGAAGCUGGUCGUCGGCGGCGGCGGAGCGGAUGAAGGAAGAGAGCGGGGAGAUGGCGGGAAAGCCGUGAUUUGCACCACGCCGGAGCUGAGGAAGCAUUUCGCGCAGCUGGUUGGGCCGAAGGAGAGGCCUUGGUCGCCGAAGCUGGAGACGAUAGCGGAGAGGAAGAAGAGGCUCUUGCUUGCAGGAAGCCUAUCGCCUGUUAGGUUGUUAGGGUUAACUGAGAGGAAAAUUUGUUAA